AUGUCCCGUGUUACUCUGAGUGGCCAGGGUCUAACACGUUUUAAACCAUCAUCGAUUAAGAUAAAGUUUCACGACUCGACACCAAACACUUUUAAACCAGGCUUAACAUUUGUGGCCAAGAUCAUCGUGACUACCCAGGAUAACAAACCAGUAGACAGAGCUAGCAUCACAGUCACUCCUAACAUUAACACUGACUCGGUUUCAUCGGUCUUUGAAGUCGCCGGAGGAAUCGCUGAGUUUACUUAUGUUGUUUCAUCUUCAACGACGUAUUUGUCACUCGAGAUUGGUGCGAUGUUGGAAUACAAAGUUGCAUCUAACUUUCAAUUUUCUCUCGUUCGUUAUCAGGUGUUGGCUCGAGGUGGCAUCGUCACUCAAAAAGCUCAGCAGUUGGAUACUCUUGCUACAAGGAUUAGUCUCAGUUUUGUUGUCACACAUGACAUGGCUCCAACUGCUCAAAUUAUAGCUUAUGUGAUUAAAAGUGAUGGCGAAGUGGUGGCUGAUAGUCUCUCUGUUUCUGUCUCGAAUGCGUUUGAGAAUGCAGUGAGUGUGUGGUGUAGACGUCUCGUUUGGGUGUCUGAGAAAAACCCUGGGGAGAACGUAGCGCUGACUGUAACUGCGACACCGGAUUCGUUUGUUGCCGUUGCUGCUGUGGAUUACAGUGUUACGUUGCUUGCUGAUACUAAUGACAUAACACAGGCAGAUGUUAUUGAUGAGCUACAGUCUUAUGAUACUUCAACUCCCGACUGGGACGAUAGUCCAGUGUGGGCAUUUCGUCGAAAGAGACGGUCAUCUAUAUGGUGGCCAUGGUCACCAGGCGGUCAAGAUGCUUACCAAAUAUUUGAUAAUGCUGGUGUUGUUGUACUGACCGAUACAACUGUCUACAAAGAUGAGCACCUACACCGUUAUUUUGGAGGAGGAUGUGCAGAUUGUGGCGAUUUGGUAGCCAUUCAAUCUAAAGAAAGGGAUGGUGAAAGUCCUCCUGCUCCUGGUGAGCUGCUAGAGCCUGAACGAGUGAGGACGUUUUUUCCUGAGACGUGGCCUGAUGGAACGGCUGUAUUUGCGAGUAAGGUCCCUGAUACGAUUACUACAUGGGUGGCAAGCGCAUUUGCAGUCAAUAACGUGACCGGAUUGGGUGUACCAGCGAACACAGCAGAGUGCAUUGCAUACGUUACAUACGCGUUCUUCUACACACUGGCAUGUGGUAGUCAAGACGGCUUGAGAAUCGAGUGUUUAUACAGAGAGUUUUUUGCCAAAGUUGUUGUGGAGCUGGAGGAGAAUGACGAUCUACUUCCAGUGUCGUAUGACGUAUUCACGAAUGAAGUGGAGCCGGUUAACAGUCCGGAACGCUUUGGCUUGUCUCAACGUGUUACUGUUACUGGCAACAAUGGAACUACCGUAGUCUUUGCUGUAAAACCGAGGACAGUUGGUCGGAUAUUAAUACGAGUGAAAGCCACUUCAAGAGUGGCGGCUGAUGCUGUAGAACGUCAGUUGCUGGUUGUGCCGGAAGGUCGAGCUGUAGACUACACUCACAAUGUCUUCAUUCAACUUGAUGAAUCUGGUUAG